AUGCUUUCGGCCCCGAACACCCUCGUCGACGUUGCGCAUGUUCCGCGCCUCAAAGAUUUCGCCCCGCUGCUGAAACGCCCGGAUCUUUGGUCCUCCAUUGUGAUCUCGGAUGCUCGGGUGCUUUCCCCAGGCCUCCGCAUGUCCAUGCCGCGCGCUAUUCUGGGGCCCCCUUCACCUUUGCCAUCGUCAUACUCGACGAACACGCCCUUUGACGAGCACAGCACAGGCAUCAUCGUCCUUCUGCGUGAUACCAUCGCCCGCCCGCCGUCGCCAUUUGCGAGCGCAGUGCGAAGCGCACGCGGCACACCAAUCACGAGCCUGCGGGGCCCCCGCGUGCCUGGCCAGAUUCUCAGACCUUCCAUCCUCGCCACCCCCGCUCUGUGCCUCAGCCGCCCGCCCUCGCAUUUUCUGGCAAAUGUCCGCCGUGUCGAUCUUACAGCCUCAGGCUCCUGCAAAUUUUCCUCCCAUUCAUCGUCCGAUACAGCCGCACAGUACAUCGUUCCUGAAUGUACAUUACUUCAGCCUUGGGUGAUGCUGGGAACGCCCACUGCACUGAGUAUAUUCCCACCCAAUCGCGCCCCAUCGCCACCUUAUGGAAACCCAAUACUCCCCUGUAGCCCAAACCCAAAACGUAGCGUCGAUGGUGAUCUUCGCACCUUGGAUUUGACAGCUUCGGACCCGCUGGGGUCGAAGGACAGCCGUCUGCACUGGACAAAGUCCCCCUCCUCUUGA